AUGGCAGCAACAGAAACCGCAAUUCUUGAAGGAUGGCCAACGUUACAGGAAGUACUUGAAGACUCAUUUAUGAAACGGUUAUUGAGGUGUUAUCUUUCAGAUGAAAGGUCAGAAGAAAAUUUAGAUUUUCUUGAGUCAGUUGGAUUAUAUGAAUCUCAAUUUGAUAAGUUGACACCUAAAGUACGUUUAGAGGCAUUAAAUUUUAUUAAAGAUCAAUUUUUGGAUAGAAACUCAGAACGACAAGUUAAUUUAUCUUAUCAAAUUCAACAAUCAAUCUUAAAAAAAUUAUCUGAAGUUACUUCAAAUGCACCCAAAGAUGUAUUUAAUGAAGCAAAAAAAGCAACAGAAUAUUUACUAUAUACAGAACAAUACACCUACUUCAUUAAUAAGUUAAAUGCUAAUACAAUUGGUACAGGUAAAAAAGAUGUUUAUUCAUUAUAUCUUAAUCAAUUUCCUAAAACUAACCCACAAGCAUUAUAUAAACCAACAUUAAAUAAAAUAAUGGAAACUGAAAAGAAGUCAUGGAAUGAAGAUGAAGUAAAAAGAAAUAAUGAAUCUAUUAAAUCACUUAUAGAAUCAUUAAUUCAAGAUGAAUGUAAUUAUGUUGGAAUAUUAACUAGUUUAAGUGAAUUUAGUGAACUUAUGACUAAAAAACAAAUGCUCAGUCCCGAUGUUGUGAAAGAACUUUUUGAUCAUAUUCCUGUAUUAAUUCAACACCACCAAAAAUUCAUUUCAUCAUUACAAGAAGCUAAAACUGAUGAGAAGGUUGGAGAAAAAUUAAACUCUGGACUUCACUUUUUAGUACUUUAUCGAUACUACCUUCGGCAUGUUCCAAAGAAUAUUGCUAAGUUAUGUUCUAUUGGUAUGACUGAUGAAAUAGAACUUGGAAGAGAAUUUUAUCCCCUUCCAGUAAUUGAAGAAUUUGAUAAACAACAAAAGAUGACUAAAAAAAUGAGUAUACUACAAAUGCUUGUUUAUCCAUAUUUUAGAGUAAGAACAUAUCAAGCUUAUGUAGAUGAUUUUAUUAAAAUAACAAAGAAAGAUUCACAAGAAGUUAAAGAAUUAGAAGUUGUUCACAGUCAAUUAGCUAUUUUUCAAGAAUUAAUUAAUACGUAUUCUGAUACUAAUAAAAUUGAAAGAAUUGCUGAUGCAUUAAAAGUUCUAUUUCCAUUUAGUUUUACUUCUAUUAUGUCUUUAUUUGAAGGUAAGAAUGGAAUUUGUGGAAUUGCCUCUUUAGAUAGAUUUGAUAAAACUGAUAUUAAUCAGUUAUCUAUAUCACUUAACUCACGUAAAAAACUUACAUUAAUUAUUUUAUAUAGAGGUGUUGUUGUUACUGAUAUACCAGUAAUUAGAAAGAAGGGAAAUGUAAGUAAAUCUAUUGAUAAAUCAUUUUAUUCAUUUACAUUAAUAGGUGAUAUUCGAGAUUUUGGUACUGAAGAUUCUACAGAAACAAUAUACAUUGAUGUGCCAGAAAUUAAAAAGAGAAUAUGGUUUGGAUGUGAAAAUACUGAAGAAUUUAAAUCUUGUGUUGAAGCAUUGAGAACACUCUUGUCAAAUUGA